UACCCUAACAAUAUAUCACGAUCUGCCUUCCUGUCGUCCGUCGACAGUCGACGUUUGACUCUGUUGCAGGCCUGCAGGCUCCCGGCUACGGACGUCCAUUCUCUCGGUCUCACCCGGACUUAUACACAGUUUUACUACUACCAUGGACGUAGAGAUGCUGGUCCUCCUGCCGCUAGUGCUGGCUGUAACGCCCUCGCUGUGUGCGGGGAUGGGGUACAGCUACAUGUACGUGUCGGACCAGCCACGGAAGUGCGUGCAGAUACCGCAGAGCUUGGUUCUCUGCGACGGGCUCGCCUACAACGAGAUGCGGCUGCCGAACCUGCUGGGCCACGAGAACCUGGACGAGGUUCAGGAACAGGCGCGGUCGUGGGUGCCGCUCCUGGCCCAGCGGUGCCACCCGGACACCAAGCUGUUCCUCUGCUCGCUGUUUACCCCCGUGUGCCUGGAGCAGGACAUCUUCCCCUGCCGCUCCCUGUGCGAGGGCGUACGAGACUCCUGCGCGCCCGUCAUGGCUCAGCACGGGUUCCCCUGGCCCAAGAUGCUCAAGUGCGACAAGUACCCGCCAGACAACGACAUGUGCAUCAAGUCACAAACCACUCCAGGUCCGUAUGAUCCCAGGCGCCCCAAGCCUGCCCAACACCCCGGUUCGUGUAUCGUCUGCUUGGAGGAGGGUGACGACAGGAGUUCCGAUUUCUGCUCCAGCGAUGUCGUUCUACGAGUCCGUGUGGAAGAGAAACACUUUGACGACGGCGACCUGGUCUUCACCACCAAGAAGAAGGUUCGAGUGUUCCACGCGUCGGAGGCGCUGGGUGGCGGGCGGAGGCGACUCAACCUGCCGGUACAGGACAUGGAGUUCCGCGUGAUCGGGGGGGAGAAGUGCGCAUGCAGCGCUCUGGCCAGGAGAAAGCCGGGGCAACUCCUGCUGUCCGCCAGGAGGGACGGCUCCAAGUUCUUUGUGACGUCGGUGCGGAAGUGGCAAAAGGGAGACAAGGCGUUUAAAAGACUCCUGAGGUCCAUGAGGGACAUGACGUGCUGAGGAUAGAUGCAGACACAGCUGCCAGACCUGCGCCUGUGUGCUCGAGCUGUGCCGAUGGUGUUUUUUUAAAGAAAGAAAGACGCGUCAAUGUGCGUUCUUAUGAUGACAAGUCGCUGAUUUUAUUAACCCCGCACGUGAGGACUUUUCCGAGAGGGGUAAAAAAAUGGAAAUGUUAUGACUAUCAAUUAAUAUUGAGGUUUGCUUACUGUCUGUUUUUGUUCCCUCUGCGUUUGAUACCAAACUUUCGUUUUAAAUACAUUCCUUCAAAUCACAUCUUACGUCUCGUCUCUUGGGUUCCUUCCAGCAGAAUUAUUUCAGAGACAAACGUCGUGUCAUGUCAGGACAGACCGUCUGUCGUACGUUCACGUAGAGGGAACAUCGCAGCUGUUUUAUGUUGUAUAGUGUACAGAUUGUAGAUCUCGCAUAGUUUAUUUUUCUUCGCCACCGAUCUUUCUAUACAUAGUCAGCGUCCGGCGUGUAGGAUAAUUUUUAUGGUCAGAAGCCAAAUCCUGUAGACAAAAUAGAAGAGACACCAGUGGAUAUCAUCAUCACA